UGGCUGUGCACUCCAACACACAUACACACAAUUUCUCCAAUUCGCACACAAAUUGUCUGUAGAUUCCUCUACACAAUUUACGCAAUCCGUACAUAUUUCCAUCUCUCUCCCUUUUUCUUUAUAACACUGUGCAUAGGCGUUUUUGUAUACCCACGCACGGAAGAAGAAGAAGAAGAAAGAAAGAGAGAAAGAAGAAUUUGGAGGAGAAUGGAAAAGCCCAAUGGGUCGACGACGCAGGCGGCGGAGGGAACAGCGGUGGAUCCGGUUGCGGAGUGGAUGGUGCCAGGUGGCGAGACCGGGCUCGAAGAGCCCAUGUGGCAGUUGACACUCGGCGGUGGUGGGUCCGAACCAUACCCGGAACGGCCCAACGAUGCUGACUGCAUUCAUUACCUGCGUACCGGUUUCUGCGGCUAUGGCGAUCGCUGUCGGUUCAAUCACCCCCGAGACCGUAUCACUGCGGCUAUCAAAGCUAUGAGGUAUAGUGGGGAAGAGUACCCAGAAAGAGUGGGUCAGCCGGUUUGCCAGUACUAUAUGAGGACAGGAAUGUGUAAAUUUGGGGCUUCUUGCAAGUAUCACCAUCCAAGACAGAGAGCUGGUGGAUCACCUGCUGCAGUGCCACUUAAUAUUUAUGGAUGCCCUUUGCGACCGGGUGAAAAAGAAUGUUCAUACUAUAUAAAAACAGGGCAGUGCAAAUUUGGUAUCACCUGUAAAUUUCAUCAUCCGCAGCCAGCUGGCCUUCAACUUCCAGCACCAACUGCUGUGCCUGCACCAGCACCUGUAGUCCCACCAGCCGUUUACCCAAUUGUACCAUCUCCUAUUCAAUCAUCUCAACAGUAUGGUGUAAUGCCUGGAAACUGGUCAAUCCCCAGGCCAGUACUCUUUCCAGGUUCUUACAUUCCAGGAACUUAUAGUCCUAUGAUACUUCCCCCUGGUCUAGUUCCGGUUCCAGGGGGUUGGACUGCUUACCAGGCACCAAUUAGUCCAGUUGCCUCUCCUCAUCCUCAAACCAAUUCUGGAGUUGGAUCAGUUUUUGGCUUCUCACAAUUAUCGUCCUCAGCAUCUGCAUAUCCAGGAGCAUAUGUGUCUGUUACAUCUCCCGUCACUCAAUCAAGUAGCCAGAAGGAGCAUGCAUUUCCCCAAAGACCUGGCGAACCUGAAUGUCUACAUUACAUGAGAACAGGGGAUUGUAAAUUUGGAUCUUCGUGUAGAUAUCAUCAUCCGCCAGAAUGGGGUGGAACACUAACAAGUUUUUUACUCAGCCCCAUGGGCCUUCCUCUACGCCCGGGUGCACCAAUUUGCUCCCACUACUCACAAAAUGGCAUAUGCAAUUUUGGGCUCACUUGCAAAUUUGACCAUCCGAUGGCAACACUCACUUACAGUCCGUCUGCAUCUUCCCUUGCUGAUGUACCUACUGCACCCUAUCCCAUCAUUGCUACUCCGGUUCUACCUCCGUCUUCAGGAUUGAGACCCGAAGCCAUUUCUGGAUCCCCCAACACGAGGACCCAUAUGAACAGUGAUCCCACUCCCCGUUCCAGUGGUAAGCAGUCUGGUAGCUAUGGAUGUGAGGUUUCCACGUCAAGCUAAAAAAUCCGGCUCAUGUUUCUUUUUGAUUGCUCAACAACCCAUGGAGUAUAUCCUUAUAUAUUUUUGUGUCAUUCUGUCCAUCCUUAUGAAGCUUUUCUUGCCUUGGUCAUCAUCAAUCCCACCAAAGCUCUGUUCAUAGUAACAUGGGCAAUUGUCUUGUUCUAUUUUUAUCAAGUAAAAAACAAAACAUUCUUCAAAAGAUCCCACAACCCUCAAAAGACCCCUCUGUACCUAGUAGCUAAACUUCUGAAUAAAAACCAAGCAACCCCUCACCUCCGAACAUGAAGAAUUCACAUCAAUGCUCAUUUUUUGGAGCAGCCAGCUUUUGUUUAUUUAAGGUCAAGUCCCUUUUCGGAACGAAAAAAGGAUUUGCUCCCUGCGAAACUCAAAAUUGUCCAUCCAUUUUUUUUACUUCACUCUUUGGUUUUGGGGACAGGCUGCUCUCAAUUUGGCCAAGGGGCGUGAGUUUCAGGUUCUCUCUUGUUUUUUUCUCCACCUUUUUGUGGCCUGGGGCUGUGUUGUGCAAAACAAAAACAAACUGAUGAUUAUGAUGAGAAAGUGCCAAGCAAGGCAAUGUAAUGCUGCCUUUAUAGGGCAUGAUCCAUACUUGUGAUAUAUGACUUUAUGUGUUUGACUGAGAUGAUUUUUAUCACUAUAUACACACCUUAUGGCCAAAACUUUAAUGUUGUAAG